UAACAUUAGCUGCUUGGAUUGUGGUGGCUAGCUAUUGCCACUUGUUUUUGUAAGGUUACUUUAAGAGCUGUGCUCUUAAUUUAACGAGUCUAAUUUUUAACUUAAUUCUUAAGUGAAAUCCUUACUCGAUGUCACAUGUUUGUCCUCAAAAUUAGGAAAUAUUGUACGUUCCAUCAGGCACGUUUACUUCGCCACCUUGACGUUAGCGGGCUAAAAUGUAGCUAGAAUUAGCUAGAGUGAAGACUGCUAGCGUACAGGGUAGCUAGGUCAUGACGAGCGUUGUAUGUAACUGUCAAGUUACUAUCUCAAUAGUGUUAUUGACUGGUUAAUGGUACCCUGUUUUUUAUAGUGCUGUUCAUAUUUGCCCCUUAAGUAUGAAAGUCGUGUGGAUGUCACUGAUUUGUGUGGGUUUUCAAGUUUGUCAGAACAGAGGGAUAGCCGUAGCGUUACCCUAUUUGACAUCGAAACACCUGGUCAUCAUCAUCGUUUGUGAUGGAGCCUUCGUUAAAUCAUAGUUAGUCUGUAUAGCUAGUUAUUUACAAACUGACGUGACGAAUGUUACCCCGUACUGCACCUUCGUGUGUGAUCUGUUCAAAUAUUAACGUUAGUGUUGACCUGGCGUGUGUGUGGUUUACUGCAUGUGUGUUUAAUGUUGCAUCCCAUCUAAGGCGUUCUCAUAGACCGUGAUCAACACUGUAUUUAUAGGUCCUAGCAUUACAUUCUUUCAUUGUUACUAAUUAGCUACAGUGUAUAUUUGGUUUUGCCAUUUACAAACGUAAGUCAAUUGACGUUGUGCAUGUUUUUGCAUAAACUCAACUGUACGCAAACCUCACACUCCUCGUCCAAGUACAAGCAUCCGACCAUAGAGGUCAUUACGUAAGCAUGUUGUAGUGAUGUUAAGUUGGCAAACGAUCCGACUCUUUUCAACGGCUCUUAGGUACGAACGAAAGGAACCGAGUCAUACUUGAGAGCCGUUCUUUUUAUCGUUGUGCUCAAAUGUCACUGCAUGCCCUUAGGUGAACAGUGGAAACUAGCCUGUCACACGAUGUAGAAGUUGUAGCGUUAGGUUUCUUAAAGGCAGAAUGAGCGGGAUUUGUAAUGGUGUUUGUAAACACAGCAUUCACAGUUGGCCCCUCCUUCCUAGCUCCAGCGAAAGAGAGGGCAGCAGUGGUGGAGGGAAUUCGAGAAUGAAUCAAAAGUGGGAGGGGAGGUAGCAAGAACAAAGCAGUGAAUCAGAGUAAUUCAACUUUUUUUCUGAUCGUUUCUUGAGGGUUACGUUCUAAAGCACAACAUAUACAUGGCCACACCUCGGCACCACCCUGCUGGAAGGAUUUGGUGUGAAGGCAGAUAAAGCGCACACUUCAUUUACUGUCUGCUACACCUAGUCCACACGUGCAAAAUGUCAUUAUAUUGGUGGGAUGUCUACGUUUGAAUCAAUAGCUGACACCCACUGAGCACUGUUUGAUUGUAAAGCUUUGACACAUUUGGAUUAUUGUGUGCAUGUUGCAGGGUUGGAAAUUAGAAUCCGCUACCCGACAAAUGCGUGUGAAUUUGUGAAGUGGUGGGUGAAUUUGAUCAACCUACCUGCUACAGCUGAUGUCACUAGGCCUAUGCAAGAGGAGACAACUCGAGUUAAAGAACCAAAAGUUAAAAGCAGUUGGCCGGCAGUGCCGCUCGUGGGGGCGGAAUCGACUGGCUGCUGGUGGGUGUGGCCGGCGGGCUGGCUCCACCCCCUCCGGGCGGCAGCCUGCGCUCUCAGCCGCCCCCUCCUCCUCCUCCUCCUCCUCCUCCUCCUCGCUCGCCUGCCCUGCGUGCCCGCGCCCAUGCCCCCACUGCCUCACGGGCCUCGAACGCCAUGUGCGUCCCGCACAGCAUGGAGGCGGGAAAGCACAGUGGUGGCCACGGCCAAGGUCAGACACCGCAGCAGCAGCAGCAGCAGCAGCAGCAGCAGCAGCAGCAGCAGCAGACCCAGACACAGCAGCAGGUUGUGGCCGCGAGGCUGCGCCCUGGAGGUGUGCCUCUGGAGCCCUUUGUGCACCAGGUGGGCGGACACACCAGCAUGAUGCGCUAUGACGACCACACCGUCUGCAAGCCCCUCAUCUCCCGUGAGCAGCGCUUCUAUGAGUCUCUGCCCCCUGAGAUGAAGGAGUUCACUCCUGAGUACAAAGGUGUGGUGUUGGUGUGUUUCGAGGGAGACCGAGAUGGCUACAUUAACCUGGUGGCGUACCCAUACGUGGAGAGCGAGGGGCUGGAGCAGCAGCAGGAGGAGCAGGUGGACCGGGAGCGCGAGCGAGACCAACCCCGCCGUAAGCACUCCCGCCGCAGCCUGCACCGCUCCAGCAGCGACAGCCACAAGGAGGACAGGCCGGCCCACGAGAGCGACAGCAGCGACAAUUUGCAGGAGUUGAAGAGCCCCCGACUAGAACUGCACAUGCACUCCGAGGUGCCAUUCCAGAUGCUGGAUGGGAACAGCGGCCUUAGUUCAGAGAAGAUUAGCCACAACCCGUGGAGCCUGCGCUGCCACAAGCAACAGCUGAGCCGCAUGCGCUCCGAAUCCAAAGAUAGCAAGCUCUACAAAUUCCUGUUGUUGGAGAAUGUGGUGCAUCACUUCAGCUAUCCUUGCAUCCUGGACCUGAAGAUGGGCACGCGUCAGCACGGGGACGACGCGUCCGAGGAGAAGGCCGCACGCCAGAUGAAGAAGUGUGAGCAGAGCACCUCUGCAACGCUCGGGGUGCGCGUCUGUGGCAUGCAGGUGUACCAGAUGGACACGGGCCAUUAUCUGUGCCUAAACAAGUACUAUGGCCGCGGCCUGUCCAUCGAGGGCUUCACGGAUGCUCUCCGCCAGUUCAUGCACAACGGCGCCCAGUUGAGGCGGGACCUGUUCGAUCCCAUCCUCAGCAAGCUGCGCAGUCUGAAAGCCGUGCUGGAGCGGCAGGCGUCGUACCGCUUCUACUCCAGCUCACUGCUCAUCAUCUACGAGGGCAAGGGGCCGGAGGCGGAGGUCUGGACCAAAGCAGAACUCAUGGCCAAUGACAAGGAUAUAGGUCAAGGCCUGUUGCUUCCCCACAACCCACAGGGACCCCCUCAACAACCCUUGGCGGCGGCGGCUCCCGGUGCCCACCCAGCUGUAGACCUCCUCCUCCCACCUCCACAGGAGCCCCCCGUCCCCCUCCCCGUCCCCCCCCUCCUUCACCCCCUCUCAGGGGAGAGCCAAGCCCAUCCGCAGCCUCCCAGUGUGGACGUCCGCAUGAUAGAUUUUGCCCACAGCACCUUUAAAGGCUUCCGAGAUGAUCAGACAGUGCAUGACGGGCCUGAUCGGGGCUAUGUGUUUGGACUAGAAAGCCUCAUCAAGGUCCUGGAGGCCAUCAGGGAAGAGAACAAGUAACUGACAUAACCAGCCCUCUACACUUGAUUAACUGUUUUUUGUUUUUGGUUUUUAACUUUCCCUCUUGCAUUCUGUCCUCACUCCCCCCUCCGUCUGUCCGACCUCAACUUCAUUUGACUCUUCAACAAAGCCUAUCCCUGAUAUUACCUUAAAGAGAACUGGACAGAGCUAAGAGACAUCUGUGAGAAGUAAAAGCACAUAGAAAAUAGGGAGAAGCCGCUUUGCAUGGAUGCAAACAAACAGACAGACAGACAGACAGACAGACUGACAGACUGUAGAGGGCUCUCCAUCACAAGUGAGGAGGACCCUGCUGCUCGUCUCCGAUGCAGUCCCCACUCCCCCCAUGGACACGAGCCGCUUUGGCCCACUGUGUGAAGAGGGCAUGUCGCCACCAUGUGGCCAAGCCGUAGUAUUGUAAAGCAGGCGUGUAUUUGCCAGACAGCCACAGCUCAGGGGCUAGUCCAGGGUCAGGCCCUGCCGCUACACUGUGGGGUUGCUUAUGCAGGGACAAAGUCUGUGUGUGUUCACACUUACAGGCAGUUCGAUUGGAUGGCUGUGGGUGUCCUACUAAAAAAAAAUCAUCCUCUAUAGCAGUAUUACCAAGCAGGGCAAGGCAGUGGAACAGUGUCCCUGUGAUGUGUGUGUGUGUGUGUGUGGGGGGGGGGGGGGGGGGUUGUAUUGUAAAGGGAGUUUUGAGGUAACCAGGUUCCUUUAUAUGAAACCAAAAGAAGGUGAACCCACCCUACCACUUCAUGGACUGAGUGCAAAUGACCCCACAGCCUGUCUGUUUGGGAAUUGCAUAUAAACAGGUCAUUUAUUUAUUUUAAUGUUGCUUUAUAGUAGCCAUCUUAUCCAGCUCCAUUUUAAUGCUGUCAUUUGCAUUUGUUGUCGUUUACUUUUCCAGUCUAGCCUGUUCUUCUGGAGACAGCCAUCUUUUUCUUUUCAUUGUUUUUGGUUUGAAACGCCCUUGUGUAAUUGUAGUGGAUGUUCCAUUAGGUAUGUGUAGGGGGCCGUGUGUGGACACACCUGAAGCUGUUUCUUCUGAUCGCUCUCCCUUGUGUUACAAAAGCCUUUUUUUUUUUUUGUCAAAUCCAAAGAGAAAGUACUCCUCAUACCAUUUGCACUGUAAAACAUUGGAAGGCAUGAUUUAAUUUAUUUUAUUUUUUUCAUCAAUUUUGUUAUUUUUGUGGUUGGGGGUUAUUGCUUAGGGACUGUCUAUAAAUGAAUCACACUAAUUUCACAGUGUCCUUGUCCUCCAUCAGCACAUGUAGCAAGAUGUACAGAAAAGAAACGUAGAGAACCUAACUCCACCUCCUCGUCCCGAACAACUGUUUUGCCUGCGUUUCCUGUCCUCACUAAUUUUGGGAUGUUUCCCCUGUUGUGACACUCAUGUAGGAUGUCUUCUGUGUAAAAGAAACCCAUUAUACACUGUAUUCAUUGAUACUGUUGGUGUAGAAAGAAGUGGACUCAUUAAUGUCCUACCCCUACCCCUAGCACGGAACAGUCCAGAAGUGGUUUACAGUGGCCAUACGGAUUCCCUCAGAGCACUCUGUGAGAGGACGUCUGUCUGUCUGUCUGUCUGUCUGUCUGUCUGUACUCGGGUUAGCUGGGUGUGCACCUAUAGUCAACAUACAGGGGCUAGUCCACAGGGUUCUUGCAGUUGACUUGCUCUAUAUAUGACAGUACUGCACUGCAACUGUUCAAGAAGUGCUGUUCAUUUGCACUGAUCAUAGUGGAUCAAUAAAUGGAUCUGGACAGCAGCUGCUGUUGUAUCCGAGUCCACAGAAAGCAAACGUUUCCUUUCUGUGGCUAGUUCUGACCCUAUUUAUUGAAGAUAUGCUCACCUUUUAACUUGUAUGAAGACACAAACAUAUUAUGGCGCAGUGACAGAUUAUUUAUCAGUUAGCAAGCUGGUUAUUCAAAUGCAAUUUGGCACUACUAGAUGAUGUUGUUAUAAAGUACGUUUCAUCAGGUGGAAGUUGAUGGUUAAGCCAACUGCAAAGCUCCUUUUGGUGCCCCCCAGAGUCUGAUUUUGAUUAGGUACUUGUUUGGUUCAGGAUGAGUUUUUUUGUUUUCUUUUGUUCUUUUGUUUUAGCAGUCAGUUUGUAUGAAAAGAGAGAAAGACAAAAAAAAAAGAUGUUGAAGUGAACAGAUGUGCCAGAGACAUAGAUAGUCCAGCGAUGGGGUUGAAGGGAAAUGAGUCCACAUGUUCAAGGAUUAAGAUGAAGAGAAAAAAGGCCUCGUCUGUGGUAGAUGUUUAUCUUUCCAGAGAAGUGAGAUAUAUUUACCUGUAGAGAAAUACUAUUACCCAUCCCCCAAAAGAGUUUCCUUUUGUUGUUGCAUGGAUGGAUAUUUUUUUAAGAAAAACCUAUAUAUAAUAUGACAUCUUUAUGACAACUUUGAAUGUGAGCUAUAAAACAUUUAUUUAAGAAA